AUGGCGAAUCAUGGUCAAGCCAGUUUCUGGGCUCAGGCAAAUGCGUUACUCAGAAAGAACUUAACUUUCCAGAGGAAACGCAUAUGGACGAAUGUUAGACUCGUCUUGGUUCCACUUUUUCUUUGCUUGCUUCUCUUAGGGCUGCAAUUAAUGAUUAAUUCUGUGGCGAAUAAAGUCCCGAAGGCGAUUACGUCAUGUGCAAGUGAAGAUUUAUCUCUCAGCAGUAGUGGUUGUCCCAUCCCAAACCCUCCAUUGUUGCCUCCCAUGCUAGAGAUUCCAGAACCACAAUCUCGUGCCGUCAAAUCAAAUUUCUUACCCUACAGUGACCUCCCUGACGUGUCCUGUAGGAAAACAGGAACUUGUCCUGUAACUAUACUUAUUACUGGGAAUAACCAAUCUCUUGGUCAAGCCUUGUCCGGGAAUAUCUUCGGUGGUUCUUUCUCCGUGAAUACCUCCGACCUCUUGCCUAGUUUAGCUUAUAAUGUUUUGGGCUCAGCAGUAUCGGCAGGGGAAAACAAUUAUGACGAUCCAGCAAUUGACCCUGAGUUUCCCAUUUACAAUAUCCAAUCUCAGUGUAGACGUCCAAACGCUACAUGGCCACUCCAGUUCGGAAAAAUCAAGACAAAGGUGAAGUGUGUUCAAGGGUUGUGCCUGUGGAGAAACAGUUCUGCAGAGGUCAAUGAUGAGAUUUUCAAGGGUAUUUGGAGGGGAAAUCCUGAGCGGAUGACUAAUGAGAUUGCUGCAGCAUAUGAUCUCAUGAGUACGGAUACAAAAAACUUGGACGUGACCAUCUGGUAUAAUGCGACAGAAUACGAUUCAAGUGGACCUUUGGUCCGAGUUCCUCGCUUGAUCAGUCUGGUAUCAAAUGCUUAUCUAAAGUUUCUGAAAGGUCCCGGGACAAGGAUAUUAUUCGAGUUUGUCAAAGAAGUUCCUAGACAAGCAAGUAAUAAUAAUGGUCUCCCAGAUUUAGCGUCUAUGUUUGGUCCGCUUUUCUUUACUUGGGUUGUUCUUCUUCUGUUCCCGGUGAUCUUGACAUCAUUGGUGUACGAGAAACAAGAGCGUCUAAGAAUAAUAAUGAAAAUGCACGGCCUAGGCGAUGGUCCCUAUUGGAUGAUUUCGUAUGCAUAUUUUCUUAUAAUAUCCAUAUUGUACGUUGCUUCGCUAGUCAUCUUCGGGUCGGCCAUUGGACUCAAUUACUUCCGGAUCAACGCAUAUAGCGUCCAGUCUGUUUUCUAUUUCAUCUACAUCAAUCUGCAAAUCUCCGUCGCCUUUUUAGCCUCUUCCUUGUUCUCAAAGGUUAAGACUGUCACAGUUGUUGCUUACAUUAUGGUGUUUGGAACUGGGCUCUUGGGAUCGUUUCUCUUCGGAGAACUAAUUGAAAGUCCUUCAUUCCCUGGUAAGUUAACAAGGAUAUUACAUGUUAUAUUGCUUGGGAAAUUAUAA